AUGGAGCGUCUGGUCUCCCGCGGGACCCACCCCGUCCUGGCGCGCUCCAGCGCCUGCCGCAGCCUCUUCGGGCCGGUGGACCACGAGGAGCUGAGCCGCGAGCUGCAGACGCGCCUGGCGGAGCUGAACGCCGAGGACCGGAACCGCUGGGACUACGACUUCCAGCAGGACGUGCCCCUGCGCGGCCCCGGCCGCCUGCAGUGGACCGAAGUGGACGGCGAGUCGGUGCCCGCGUUCUACCGCGAGACGGUGCAGGUGGGGCGCUGCCGCCUGGUGCUGACGUCGCGGCCCGUGCAGGUCGCCGUGGCCGUCAGCCCGCCCCCCGA